AUGGAGAAAAUCAUCUACGACUUCUACUCUGAUCUCUUCGACAGCCAUGUCCACUUGCCUCCUCACCAUCUGACGGAAGAUGGACAAGUCAUUCCAGAGGUUCUCCCGUCCGAAAUACGACAUGCUAUCAUGUCGGUAAGAAAUCGUACGGCACCCGGUCCCGACAGAAUAAGACCAGAACACCUGAAGAGCCUUCCGCCAGUACUCAUAAACACCCUGGCGAGGCUCUUUACACGUUAUCUGUCGGAAUGCAAGGCUCCUAAACAGUGGAAGACCAGCAAGACCGUGUUGUUGUAUAAAAAGGGAGAUCCACAUGACAUCGGCAACUAUCGCCCAAUCUGCCUACUGUCCGUCAUCUACAAGCUCUUUACAAGAGUAAUCCUUAAUAGGAUUGAAAAAGUCUUGGAUGAAGGACAGCCAUGCGAGCAAGCAGGGUUUCGAAAAGGAUUCAGCACGAUUGACCACAUUCACACUGUUUCGAAACUCAUCGAGGUAUCACGAGAGUACAAGAUGCCGCUCUCUCUCACCUUCAUCGACUUAAAGAAAGCCUUCGACUCAGUUGAGACGGAAGCGGUCGUGGAAGCCUUGGACAACCAAGGUGUCCCUACUCAGUACAUAAAGGUACUUCGAGAGUUGUACAGUAACUUCACGACCGGAAUUUCGCCAUUCUAUAAGAACAUCAUCAUUGACGUGAAGAGUGGGGUCCGACAGGGUGAUACAAUUUCACCCAAAAUAUUCACAGCCACCCUCGAGAACGCAAUGCGAAAGUUGGAAUGGGACGACAUGGGAGUGAAGGUUGAUGGUCGGCAGCUACACCAUUUGCGCUUUGCUGAUGACAUCGUACAGGUAACACCUAGCAUCAGCCAAGCGGAACGAAUGCUGACCGAAUUCGACGAAACAUGUGGAUGCAUCGGUCUUCAGCUGGAUCUACAAAAGACGAUGUUCAUGCGGAACGGAUGGGUCUCGGAUGCCCCAUUCACGCUCAAUGGAACGAACAUAUCCGAAUGCACCAGCUACGUUUUUCUGGAUCGGGAACUGAACAUGAUGAACGACCUGACCCCCGAGCUGGGCAGGACGAGACGAGCGGCUUGGGGAGCGUACAAGAGCAUCGAGGAUGUAGUGAAGAAGACCAGGAACACCCGGCUCCGUGCUCACCUCUUCAACACCACCGUACUUCGUGCUUUGACCUAUGCUUCGGAAACCUGGGCAUUUCGCAAGCAGGAAGAAAACGCGGUGAGCGUCAUUGAACGCGCAAUUGAGAGAGUGAUGCUAGGGGUAUCCCGUUUCACGCAAGUGAGGGACGGGAUUCGAAGUUCUCUCCUACGUCAGCGAUCGAAGAUUAGAGACGCCGCCGCGUUUGCCAAGGAAAGUAAAAUAAGGUGGGCCGGACACGUGAUGCGCUUUGAUGACAACCGUUGGACCAGAGCCGUGAGCGACUGGGUUCCCCGCGAUAUUAAGCGCACUACAGGAAGACCGCCGACCCAAUGGUCAGAUUUCUUCACGAAGUCCUUGAAAGAAAAAUAUCAUGCUCUUCGUGUCCCACGCGAUAGGAGGAACCACUGGGCUACUCUGGCACGCGAUCGGGACAAAUGGAAGAAUUACUGGCGCCCGCUCGACCAGUUCGAAGAUUAA